GGAUGUGGUUGGGGGGCGGGGGGCAGGAGGAGACUGUGAUUGCUGCUGCCCGGGGAAGGCCGGGAGUCUUUUCCACGUUUGCAAACGGCGCCCCGCGCCCAGGUUGGACCCACGCUGCCCGAGUUCCUGCGCUUCCCGCCCGCACCCCGUUCCUCUCGUCGCUGUUCCGAAUGGCAUUCAGGGCUCCGGGCUGGUGUCCCCCGCCGCCGCCGCUGUUCCUGCUACUGCUCUGGGUGACCGGGCAGGCGGCUCCCGUGGCGGGCCUGGGCCUUGGACCGGACGCGGAGCUGCAGAUCGAGCGGCGCUUCGUGCCUGACGAGUGCCCGCGUACUGUGCGCAGUGGCGACUUCGUGCGCUACCACUACGUGGGCACCUUCCCCGACGGCCAGAAGUUCGACUCCAGCUAUGACAGAGACUCUACCUUCAAUGUGUUUGUGGGAAAAGGACAGCUGAUUGCAGGGAUGGACCAAGCUCUGGUUGGGAUGUGCGUAAAUGAGAGACGUUUCGUGAAGAUUCCCCCAAGACUCGCCUAUGGAAGCGAUGGUGUUUCUGGUGUGAUUCCCCCAGAUUCAGUGCUUCAUUUUGAUGUCCUUUUGAUGGAUAUUUGGAACUCUGAAGACCAGGUUCAGAUUCACACUUAUUUCAAGCCCCUUAGUUGUCCACGUACCAUCGAGGUGUCUGAUUUUGUAAGGUAUCACUACAAUGGAACAUUCUUGGAUGGGACACUUUUUGAUUCAAGUCACAAUCGCAUGAAAACAUAUGACACGUAUGUGGGGAUUGGCUGGCUGAUUCCUGGGAUGGACAAAGGGCUGCUGGGGAUGUGUGUAGGAGAGAAGCGCAUCAUCACCAUCCCUCCGUUUCUGGCCUAUGGGGAAAGUGGAGAUGGGAAAGACAUUCCUGGACAGGCAUCUCUGGUCUUUGAUGUUGCAUUAUUAGACCUGCAUAACCCCAAGGAUGGCAUUUCCAUUGAGAACAAAGUAGUGCCUGAAAACUGUGAGCGGAGAAGUCAAAGUGGGGACUUUCUCAGGUAUCAUUACAAUGGCACGCUUCUGGAUGGCACCUUCUUUGAUUCCAGCUACUCCCGGAACCGUACCUUUGACACAUACAUCGGGCAGGGCUAUGUGAUUCCUGGGAUAGAUGAAGGUUUACUUGGUGUUUGCAUUGGAGAGAGGAGGAGGAUUGUGGUCCCCCCUCACUUGGGGUAUGGAGAAGAAGGAAGAGGGAAUAUCCCUGGCUCAGCUGUGCUGGUCUUUGACAUCCACGUGAUUGACUUCCACAACCCCUCAGACUCCAUUAGCAUCACCUCCCACUACAAGCCCCCUGACUGUUCAGUGCUGAGUAAGAAGGGGGAUUACCUCAAGUAUCACUACAAUGCCUCCCUUCUGGAUGGGACUCUACUGGACUCCACGUGGAAUUUAGGCAAAACGUAUAAUAUUGUUUUGGGAUCUGGACAAGUCGUGUUGGGAAUGGAUAUGGGUCUCAGGGAGAUGUGUGUUGGAGAGAAACGAACGGUGAUCAUUCCACCCCACCUGGGCUAUGGGGAGGCUGGUGUAGAUGGAGAAGUCCCUGGCAGUGCUGUGCUGGUGUUUGACAUUGAGCUGCUGGAGCUGGUGGCGGGCCUUCCGGAGGGGUACAUGUUCAUAUGGAAUGAUGAAGUUUCACCUAACCUCUUUGAAGAAAUUGACAAGGAUGGCAACGGAGAGGUCCUUCUCGAUGAGUUCUCGGAGUACAUUCACGCCCAGGUGGCAUCUGGUAAAGGGAAGCUCGCACCUGGUUUUGAUGCUGACAUGAUCGUGAAGAAUAUGUUCACCAACCAGGACAGGAAUGGAGACGGAAAGGUCACAGUGGAGGAGUUUAAGCUGAAAGACCAGGAGACCAAACAUGAUGAGCUCUAAACUCAACACGGGCCAGUUGGUGCCAGGGAGAGCAUGACACCAUGCCACCUGUUGUGGC